AUGUCCAUAAAACUUACUAAAGGAAAGAAAAAGAAGGCCAAGAAUAUUAUUAGGGAGGAAAUUGGAUAUGAAUAUGCUUGUGGGGACAUGCUUGAACCAAGGGAAGCUGAUAUACCUGUCCUGUUUCUUGUCUUGGUUGUGCUUCCUCUGGUUGCUUACAUUUUGCUUGGGAAAUGGAGUGAGUCUGCAAAGAAGAGAGAGAGGAUAACUUUGCUUGCUCAACUGGCUGCUGAAGAAGCUCUUAGAGCAGAAGUAAUGUCUACCGCCUGUGUCAUUCCUCCUGUGUCUACUUCAAAGAAUGGAACUCAUGUUUGUGCUAGAUGCUUUAGUCCAUCUACAACCCGCUGCUCCAGAUGCAAGUCUGUUAGAUAUUGUUCUGGAAAGUGUCAGAUAAUUCAUUGGAGGCAAGUUCAUAAGGAAGAGUGCCAACUGUUGGAAACUACGAGUUCAUGCUCAUCUCCUAUGGCUACCUCAUAUGAUGAAUCCAUCCUCGAGAGGUUAUCAAUCAAUGAUGGCAUGGACUUAUUUUCCUUAGGGUAUAAUAGCAAGCAGCCUGCAAUGGAUAUUGGUACUUCAGAUAAUUAUGUCCAUCCUUUAACAAGCACUAGCGCUUCUGCUGCUCUGAAUCUUACUGCAACUGAUAGCUCUCAAGAGGCUAUCCUACACAGAAGAAGUGCAGACAAGCGACUUUUACACAAAUCUACCAUAGAAAUGUUAAGAAGACAUGAAGUGGCUGUAUUUGAUUCUUCUGAAGAAACCUCUGGAAGCAGGCCCACCAAUUUAACUUCUAGUAAUAUCUCCAAUGUUUCUGUUAAUGGGCAAGACACUUCUAGUACUAUGGAUGAGACUUGUAAGUAUCCAAAACGACAUCCAAACUUGUCCGACUCAAGAAGCAACUGUGGGUCCACAAGUUCAUUGAAUGCAGGAAAAUAUGGGACAAAUGCACGUGAAAUUGGACCAAAUUUAGUUUUUAGUGGAGGAGAUUUCUCUAAUGCCGAAGCUUCUUUUAAUGGUGAAAUGGCAGGAUCAAAAUGUUCUUCUGAAACACCAGUAAUGAAUGGAAAUAUGAAGGCUAAUAGUGCAUUGCAUCCCAUGGGUAACAAAUCUUCUAAAUCAUCGAAAUCAAAGAUGAAAGUCUCUGGAGACCAAUCAUAUUCUGAAAUAGAUGGAAAAGGACAACUUACAGAUGAUUCAAAAGUUGCAAGAAUGAGCAAUUCCAACCCUGCAUCAGGAAGCAAUGGGGUUACAAGCAUUGGUAUUAUGAAGAUGAUGGGCUUAAGGAAGUCGACAAAACUUGCUGGACAAGAUAUGGCAGAACUCAAUGCUAUUCACAAAAAAAUAAGGAUGCUGUUCCCUUAUGAAGAAUUUGUGAAGAUCUUCAAUUGCGAAGUUAUAAACUUAAAACCCAGAGGACUUGUAAAUUGUGGAAACAGUUGCUAUGCCAAUGCUGUCCUUCAAUGUUUAUCCUGUACUAAACCUCUGAUCAUCUUCUUGCUUCGUAGAUCACACUCACGAGCCUGUUGUGGGAAAGAUUGGUGUCUCAUGUGUGAACUUGAGCAACAUGUAAUGAUGUUAAGAGAAUGUGGGGGGCCUCUAUCUCCUAGUAGAAUCCUUCUGCAUAUGCGAAAAAUUAAUUGUCAGAUUGGCGAUGGAAGUCAGGAAGAUGCACAUGAGUUCUUAAGGCUUCUGAUUGCAUCAAUGCAAUCCAUAUGCUUGGAGAGACUGGGUGGUGAAGACAAGGUUGACCCCAGAUUGCAAGAAACAACUUUUAUACAGUAUACUUUUGGUGGGCGUCUUAGGUCAAAGGUCAAAUGUCUGAGAUGUCAUCAUGAGUCAGAACGAUAUGAGAAUAUUAUGGAUCUUACACUAGAGAUAUUUGGUUGGGUUGAGUCACUUGAAGAUGCGUUGACUCAGUUUACGACCCCUGAAGAAUUGGAUGGAGAAAACAUGUAUAGAUGUGGAAGGUGUGCUGCAUAUGUCCGAGCCAGGAAGCAGUUGAGCAUACAUGAGGCACCAAACAUCCUGACAAUUGUUUUGAAGAGAUUCCAGGAGGGAAAAUAUGGGAAAAUAAACAAAUGUAUCACUUUUCCUGACAUGCUGGAUAUGAUCCCAUUUAUGACUGGAACGGGUGAUGUCCCUCCUCUUUACAUGCUUUAUGCUGUUGUGGUACAUUUGGAUACACUGAAUGCCUCUUUUUCUGGACAUUACGUGGCAUAUGUAAAAGAUUUGCAAGGCAGCUGGUUCAGGAUUGAUGACACUGAGGUUCAUCCAGUAUCAAUGGGCCAGGUGAUGUUGGAAGGGGCAUACAUCUUAUUUUACAAGAGGUCCUGUCCUCACCCUCAAAAGGCAAUUUGCGAGAAAGCCAUCAGGCAACAACUUCCAGUAUCUUCAAGACACUGCACAUCAAGAACUCAGAAACCUUCAAGACAAGGACAGAGCAAAUGCAGCAGCCACUUUGUUGGCCAGGAGGCAUCAUUGGAUCCCAAACCAGAAAAGAGUUUUGGCCUGGUCAACUAUGCUAAUGGCAUUCCAAGGAAUGCAAGCAAAAAUAUCACACAGGUGAAGGAUUUCUCUGAUGCUACCUCAAGUGAUUGGUCCAUUUUUACAAGUUCAGACGAGGCUUCUUUUACAACUGAGAGCACCAGAGACUCUUUCAGUACUAUAGAUUAUACUGAUGCUUGCAAUGUAGAUGCUUUCUCCUCGAUUUUCAAUGAUUUCCGUGCUCCAGAAUCCUCUUAUCGGAAUACUCUUUGCCGUAGAACAUUUUCAAAUAGUAGGCCACAAACUAGGUUCAUCUUGGAGGAGAGGGGCUAUGUUUUGGAUUCAUACUCAUCAACCCAACCUCCAGAGCAUGGAAAGGAGAGAAUUCCAAACAGGUCUGUGGUUCAUCAACCAAAUUCAUUACGGACAGUUCAUGCACCAUGUCAGUAG